AUGUUUUUCGCAUUACAUCUUGGGGACCCUGACAACCAACCACUACGACGACAGAAGCGGUCCGCUGUUGAGAACGGGUCAUGCAGCUUCGAAAUGGUAGGUUUUCAAACAAAUUUUUUUAGUAAUCCUUAG